ACAGUAGGCCGACGCUGUAACGCACACCGGGAGUCAUGUGACGGUCAUAUAGUACAACUCAGGCAGCUCCCAGCCCAGACGGAUCGCUGCUGCCGCGCUGCAUGGCGAGUCUCGCGGGCACCAGCUGCUCUGGCAUUCGGACCGCCGCGUCGGAUGCAACGGAUGGAAACAUCACGCCGCGCGCCUCAUCGAACAAGACACACUGUAUCCGGACUGAAGACCUUGGAUUUGUCUCGUCGCUGGGCUACCGGCUGUCAGACAUGGUGACAGACCUGAGCUCCUACCAGGUGAUGCCGUCACCGUUUUCGGAGGACGACCGGAGCGAGUCAUCCAGCCCUCGUUCUUGUUCCAGCCCCGACUCCCAGGUGCUCAGCUCCAGCUACGGUAGCAACUCCAGUGCCGAGAGCCAGGACAGCAUCCUGGAUCACCUGCUGUCCCAGGCCUCUUUAGGGGGUGCCAACAGUGUGCUGGCGGGGUCUGUUGCACCUAUACCAUUAUCUACUUUCUUUCGGGAGUCACGGAGAGACAUGCUUCCCAAACGCCAGCCUGUGAAAGAGGAACAUUUUGACUUUCUAUCCUGGGCCAAUGUAGAGACUGAGGAACAACUUGGAGGGUCCUUCCAGCCCACACUGGAAGAGAUCGAAGAGUUCCUAGAGGAAAACAUGGAGGUGGUAACAAUGAAGCAGGAAAUCCGAGAGAGUUGUCCGGGAGUUGGAGUUGGACUGGACAAGGCUCUUGGUCUAGAAGUUGACCUGGAGUGGUGCAGGGAUGCCUCCUCUGAGCCUAAGGCAGAGCCAGAGGCCAAGUAUUCAGACCAAACUGUGCCCACCUCCAGCAGUGCUGGCCUGGCCACUGCUGCCUCCAGUGAGACCAAGACUACAUCAGUUAACCCCACCCAUGAAUCCAGCACAGCAGCCAGGAAGUCAACGGACAACAGAACUUCGUCAGAAGACAGCGUCCCAAACGAUAGCGGGAUGCCCGUUGUCGUACAGAUUCAGCCCCUUCACAUCAAGCAGGAGCCCACGGUAGCACCUGUUACCCCAGUUGUACAGCCCCCACCGUCCACCCCAGCCUCAGACAUCAAAAUUGCACAGCUACUGGUCAACAUCCAUGGUCAGACUUUUGCCCUGGUGCCCCACAUCCUGCCCUCCACUAGCCUUAACGUCUCCUCCAAGUUUGUACGCAUUGCUCCAGUCCCCAUUGCGGCCAAACCACUGGGGGAUAGCUCAGCCGGCCAGGGCUCAGGGAUACUCAUUGGAGGUCAAAAGUUCCAGAAGAACCCGGUGGCAGAUCUUAUCAAAAUGCACAAAUGCACUUUCCCUGGCUGCACCAAAAUGUACACCAAGAGUAGCCACCUGAAAGCUCACCUGAGGAGGCACACGGGGGAAAAGCCUUUUGCCUGCAACUGGCAAGGCUGUGGAUGGAGGUUUUCCCGGUCCGACGAGCUGUCCCGACACCGGCGCUCCCACUCGGGAGUGAAGCCCUACCAGUGCCUGGUGUGUGAGAAGAGGUUCGCCCGCAGCGACCACCUGUCGAAGCACGUCAAAGUCCACCGCUUCCCCCGGAACAGCAGGACGGUCCGCACGGCGAACUGACGCUGCGGGGAACGCUGCGAUUUGUCAUCGCAGAUAUCUGCAAGUCCGCUCGAUUGCGAGCGUGGAAGCCGGCCCGGCUUUUUGUUUCAGCAGUUUGUUUUAUCAUAAUUUAUUGUCCAAAAAGUAAACCAGCCCGGUUGCCGUCCUGUCAGAGUCCAGCUGAAGGUUUUUGGUGCUGCUGGUGCCUUUUUUUUCAUCCUGUUGGGAUUAUUUGAUAUCUUUGGUAACAGCACACGCGACAUGGAUCAAAGCAACUGCCUUUUAUCUUCCUGGAACCUGACAACGUCUUGGACGUUCCUCCUCUCACGCAAUGUUUAGGAAGUCAAGGGAAGUUCAUUGGGAUUGUCGUUAUCAGUAUCAGUAUCAGUACCAGUAUCGUUUUUCAUUGACAGUAGACUUGAAUACAUUUAAACUUUGAUUUACAUGACAAGACCCGUGGGAUCUCGCCAAAGUCUAAACUGGUUCGGCACUGAAAGCUCUUAUCUCCAGAUUUCAUCAUUUGGAUUUUGUAUUUUUCAUACAUGAUUUCUAUUCUCACCGGUUAAAUGUGUUUAUGGGUUUUACAAAUAUUUGACCCUUAGAAAAGGGUUUGUGAAUAAAUCGUGAAACUCAAAUCUGGUCCUAAAACCAGCAACCCCCCCCUUCAAAGCUCCAUCCAACCUCGUUCUAUACCGGCGUGUCCCUCACAGCAGAGUCACACAGCGAUGUUACAAAAACUUUGUAAAGCUGAUGUGACACGAGGAAUGAAUGUUGGGAUCAGUGUUAUGUGAUCGUCGUUACGUUUGUUUCAUGAAGUCACGCGUGUCUCCACGCUGCUCUUCUACCUGUAUCUCUUCUCUGGCCUUACUCUACCGCAAAGUCCUUACUGGAGAGCCAAACCGUUUGGGAAAGCAGACUUUCCAGUGAUCCAUAUUUUAAUUGAGCGUAUAAAUGACCCGUGUAGCUUGGUGCACAGCCUGAAUGUGUCAGUCUGCUACAAUCACUCUGACUAUUCUUUUGCCGACGACACGAAUCUGCCUCAUCUCUGCUUCAUUUGUUACUGAGACACCCCGACGGCCUUUGACCUCAGCCGGCCGUCACUUUAAGGCGACGUCAAUGGACGCGCUGUGGUGCUGAACAACCCGGACAGUGUGCUUCUGGGAAAUGAAGUCAUGUCAUUCCUCCUGGCGGCACGCCUUGGACUCGCUCUGGAACGCGGAUAGCUAUUGCUAUGUCAUGACAAUGCUGUCCACGUGUAAUUCACGCAUGUAUUCAUGCAAGAGGCCGGCCGGGGGCUACACAACGUUGCGCAUCAUUCCUUUCAUUCAAUUUUUGAAUUUUGAAUGCUUGUUUGAACACAGGUGUUCUAUCGCAUCCUAUGAAUGUAUGUAAAUAUUCAGCAGUGUACAUUGUGGCAUCCAGGAAACCCAGAGAGACGACUCUGAUACCACAUCAUGGAUCAGUGCUUGUGAAGAUUUCUAGUCUAAACUCUAAAUGUGUACAUAACUUACCGUUUCAGUACAAAUAAAUAUAUUAUAUAUUUUU